GGCAACGGUACGGUAACGGGAAAAUCUUCCAACUUUAAGAAAACACACCAACCAACAACCAACUGUGGCCCGGUGCGCGAUUAAUAGAUAGUUGCAACAACAACAUCCCCAACGUCAACGACGACGACGACGACGACGAAAAGCCAUCACACAACAAUAACAAAAUACAGAGUAGCUUAUACGAAACGACCGCACAAACACACGCAUAUAUAUUCGUACAUACGACUACAUCAGCAUACACACAAACGUACACCGAGUUUUAUAUAUAGAAAAUUUACGCACAGCUGAAAAAUUUCCUUUUGGUGAAACAGUGAAUUUCGGUGCGGUUUUCCUUCAUAAGUUCACGUAUCGAUGAGAUUUUUCAUUGUGAAUUUUUGCUAGUGGAAAAUGUGUUGAAAAUCUUAUAAUUGUGCAACAAGAGCCACAAUGAAAAUUAUUACAACAAAGUGAAUUGUGUUCUAAACAAAUAAAAACAAAAUCUGGGCAUGUCAAAGUUUAAAUGUAGCUGCUGCUAUAAUCGUUCGUUCGUCGCGUCAACACUUCCAUUUUCGGGACUCCACCCAGUUUUGUGGUCACCGAAAUAAUAUACAAAAUACGUAGUUCUAAGAAGAAGAAGAAGCAGCAGCAGUACUUAGAACAAGCAAUCACAUUGCGUCUAGCCAAAUAGGCUAAUGAGGCCAUAAAUACGUAUGUACAGAUGCAAAUAUAUUUGUGCCAGUGGGUGUGUGCGCGAUCUAAGUAGUUAAUAAGCUUGAUUGCAGAUUGAAAGCAGAUCUUUAAGAAACCAGUAAAUAUUUUGUUCUAGUAAUUCUUCGUCGGAAAGUGUAUCUCAAUAGUGUCGUGUGUUUGAACUUGUGUAGCCGCGCCGUUUGCGACGCCCGCAACGCUCGAAAUAGCAGGGAAAAUGCUAGAAAAAUGCCCAAGAUGCUCACAUGCGACAAGUUGAUGACACAUUUUACUGUCAUUGUGACCGCAUUCCUGCUACUUCAUUGCAUUGGGUUUUCACCGUUUACGCCGCAGACGUUGCGCGCCGUUGAGGCCACUCCCGAGGAUGAAGCCAUUGGCAAAUGGGCGAUGCAAUUUGGCGAUGAGUUGUGGGAAUUAGCGCAACGUAUGACCAAAUCACAAGAGAUUAAGGCCAAAUACAAAGAAUACAAUGCUCGCGUGGAAUUGAAAAAUGGCACCGAACUCAUCAAAUCCAUCACAGUGAACGUGGGGCGCAUGUUUUCGCGUAAAAUGGAUGCGGUACGUUGCAUUCAACAGAAAGCCGAGGCGGUCAACGAAGAAUUUGAAUUUAAUUAUACAAACGCACUGGAAACGUUCCAGUACUACUCCAGCAAAUUCUCGAUGUUCGAGGGCAAAAUAGCAGAGAAUUUGCCGAAAGAGAUUGAGAUUCCUUCCUGGAAGUAUUUGAAUUUCACGCUAAAUCCGGAUACGCACUUUUAUAAUAUAUCUGUAGAUACAGAGCAUAGUUCCGUCCAUGUACCGUCUAACAUAUAUGAUGGCCUCUACGAGGUUCUCAAGACAAUUAUGUGGUCUGAGAUUCUGGAUGAGGUCUUCCGGCAAAACUAUCAAUCAGAUCCCGCAUUGUCGUGGCAAUAUUUCGGUUCCGAUACUGGCAUACUUCGGCAUUACCCCGGCUUACAAUGGCAAAGUCUUAGCAACAGUGAGGAUGCCGACACCUAUGAUUGCCGCAAACGUUCGUGGUAUAUUGAAACGGCCACCUGUUCCAAGGAUAUUGUUAUACUAUUGGACAAUUCUGGUUCGAUGAGCGGUUUCCGCAACCAUGUCGCCAAAUUUACUAUACGCAGUAUUUUGGACACUUUCUCGAAUAAUGAUUUUUUUACGAUCUACAACUACUCCGCCACGGUAUCAGAUAUAAUACCAUGUUUCGAAGGUGCGCUGGUACAGGCGACACCAGAGAACAUCAACGUGUUUAAUGAUGCCAUAGAGGAAAUACGCCCCGAAGGCUAUGCGAAUCUAUCGCUGGCUUAUGAGAAAGCCUUCCAGCUAUUGCAAAAGUACUACAUCCAACGUCGCUGCAACGAAACUUCCACUUGUAAUCAGGCUAUCAUGGUCGUCACCGAUGGCGUCGCUGGUAAUACCACCGAAAUUUUCGAAAAAUACAAUUGGGGUAAUGGCGAGAAUGGCACCAUGAAUAUGAACAUACGAAUUUUUACCUAUUUGCUGGGGAAGGAGGUGACCAAAGUGCGUGAGAUACAAUGGAUGGCUUGCCUAAAUCGCGGCUACUAUUCGCACGUACAAACAUUGGAUGAGGUGCAUGAGGAAGUGCUGAAGUAUGUUGAUGUUAUAGCCACGCCGCUGGUGCUGCAAAAUGAAGAACACCCACCAACAUGGACGCAUUCUUUUACAGAUCGAACGUACGAGCCACGUGAAAACGACUCUGGUACACGUCUAAUGAUCGCCGUGGGCGUGCCUGCCUUCGACCGUUCCUACCGCAAAGAAAACUCUACGAAACGUGCACGUCUGCUCGGGGUGGCAGGUACGGAUGUGCCGGUGGAGGAUAUCGAUAAACUGACGCUGCCUUACAAGUUGGGCGUAAAUGGCUAUUCAUUUGUGGUCUCCAACAAUGGUUACAUGCUACUACAUCCAGACUUGCGUCCGAUUUCCAAAUCCGGAGAACUCAAUCCCAAUUACAACAGCAUAGAUUUCACCGAAGUGGAACAUCUUUACGAAGACUUGCAGCCACGUGAACCGGGCGAGUCCAUACUUCAACUACGUAACGCCAUGGUGCAAUAUGAGUCUGGCGAAUUCAAGGACAUAAGCGUUAAGUUUCAUUACGAUAAUAUGCGUCGGGUUUCCGAAGAGAAGCAGGACUACUUUUUUGCGCCUCUACCCAAUACACCAUUUUCGCUGGGUAUUGUGUUGCCUAGUGAGUAUGGCAAAACAUGGAUUAAAGUGGGCGAGGAGGUGUUGAAGAACAAGCACAUGAAGGUGAAUAUUUCGGACUAUUUUGUGGGUGAAAACUGGAAGGUACAUCCCGGUUGGGUUUUUUGCAAAUACCAUUACCUAGAAGGACAUGAAUUCAAAACACCUGAAGAAGAGUUACGUCACUUUCUUGCCAAGAUGAUGCAAGAUGAUUGGAAGUGGUCGGAGCAGUAUGAGGAAGACGACUCAGAUCAUGAUGACAACGAUGAAAUAAAUUGUGGCCGCAUCACACUCGACGAUGAUGCCUACUAUUGCAAUAAGGAGCUGGUGCAUCUGCUCAUCUUCGACGCCAAAGUUACAAAUUCCAGUUAUGGCCAAUGGAAAUUCGCCAACAACGAGGAACGUAAUUUGAUCGAGAGUUUUGGCGCCACACUACGCUUUGUCGCCACGAUGAGCGGCUUGACUCGUUGGCAGUUUAUUUACGGUGAGGUGGAAGUGGAAAAUGAUCGAGAAUUCGGUGAUUACCAUACAACAGCCAUUGAUGAGACUUGGUACAAGAGCGCAAUAUUGCAACAUCAUCAAGAGCGCACCGAAAGUUUUGUUUACAUGGUGAAACAUGCCAGUGAUCCGGCUGAGGGUAGCGAAUUGAUGGUGACCGCUUCGCAUGCUAUAUUUCCACGUGAUGGUGGUAAGGAGGCGCCCGCUUGUGUGGUCGGUUUUCAGUUCUCCCAUGCGCGAAUGAUGGACCGUUUCUUCAAUAUAACUUCAGUAGAUAAUUGCCAUGGCUGCAUAAAGACCUGUUUGAGCGAUGAAAUCGAGUGUUACGUCAUAGACAAUAAUGCGUACAUUGUGAUCGCGCAAAAAGAAAAUCAUACUGGCAAAUUUUUUGGCGAAUAUCAAGGUGAUGUUAUGCAAGCAAUGGUGGAUAAGAACUUUUUCCAAGCCAUUAAUGUUUACGAUUAUCAAGCACUGUGCCGCGAGGAAGUGGACGAUUCCAGUGAUGCGCAAUCGCUUUUGCAUCCAAUUAGACUAUUUAGCUUGGGCUGGCGUUGGUUGGUAGCACAGCUCUUUUGGCAGUAUGCGCGCGUCAAAUGGUGGGUGGAUGCAGCACCAUUCUUGGAGUACUCCGAUGAAAUCGACGAUGAUUAUGAAGCCGUCCCUGAUGCAUUUUCGCGUCAACCGCAGAAACCCAAAGAUAUCAGCGAUGAUGGCAAAUUGUUAUUUGAGAAGAAAAAACCCGAACCGGUGUAUACACCUUGCGAUACGGGUUCAACACUUUAUGUCUUGCAGCCGAAUUCCCUCGAGGAUAUAAACGACUAUAUAAAAGUGCCAUAUUCACGUCCGUUUUAUUUAAAGAAAAUACCGAACACCAAUCUUUUGUUGGUGGUGGUAAAUGUGUUGAUGCCAUCGAAAGGUAUACGUCUGAGCACAGAGCCGCAACGUCUAGAAUAUGCUAAGGAAUUUCCAUGCUACAAAUUUAAUAUGAGCUUUUACGAGCGAAGGCGUUUAGAGGAAUGCUUUACGCAGCACCCAGAGGAGGAAAAAUAUACAUAUUGUGGCGACGCGGCAGCCCUGCGUUUGGACAUUGUAAAUUUAUUGAUAACCAUAUUUAUAUUUUUAAUAACGCGCUAUUUACGCACUUAAAUGUUUGUAAAAAGUUUUUUUUUAACUAUCGAACGAGGGUAUGUAUGUAAAUACAAUUUUUUAAAGAGCUCUAGCUACAAUAACUAAAAAACACCCCAAACACGGAAAAUUGUAAAAUUAUGUCACAAAUAAUUCAGCACAAUCCUCUUUACUGUAUUGACUAUAAAUGCUCCUAGCGUUCUCUCUUAUGUGAAAUACCAUGUAGACUUAAACGGAAACGCCAAAAAUUACUGAACAAAAUAAUUGAAAAGAAAAACUUAAGACAAAAACCAAGCAACAACAAAUGUCUAGCAAAAGUGGCUAAACUUUUUUUUUAACUUUAUACACUUGUCUUGUACUUAUGUAUUGUAUGUAUGAAUGUAGGACUAAAUAUUUGAAACCGAAGUUAACUUCAUCUUCUGCUUUCCGACGAUAAUCAAGUUUUUAACAGACAUCAAAUUUUUUAAACAAUCAUUUUCGAAACCCACACACACUCACAAAUAAGUAAAAGAAUGUUCACACACACACACGCACACACUCUAAAAUAUACACACAUAAUAAAUAUCAUAUGCACACAUAUACAUAUUUGUAUGACCACUGCUGUAGAAGCUACAGCAAUCUUUGCAACAGCAACAAACAUUUGUUUGAGACAAACGUAAACGUAUUUGCCAAAAAACAAACAAACAAACAAAUAAGUAAGACAAGGAAAAAAUGUACUAUAUUAAAGAAAUCUACUUGGUUAAAUUUUGAUAGAAUUUUAUAACAGUUAUGUACCCCCUAGUCGAAUUCGUUGAUUAAAGAGGCAUAGCCUUCAAGUUAACAGCAGAAAUCAAAAAUGUUAAAAAAUUAGUUAAAAGGUGUAACAAAGGAAUGAAGGAAACCAAGGGUAGUUAAGGAAGAUAUUUAAUACAAUUUGUUAUGAUUAAUUUAUAGCAUAAAUAUACCUACCUACGUACAUUUAAAGUACGACUACUUGCAUAUUUUUAUAUGUGUUAAUGUAUAAUAAUUAUGUAUAUUUGUUUGUAUAUUUGAAAAAAAAAAACCUAAAAAAUUCUACAGCUUAUGUGAGAAGAAAAAUUGCUUAUUACCACCAAAAAAAAAGAAAACAGAAACCUGCCUGCCUGUUUUCCUUAUACAACAAAUUUUUUUACAACAGUGAAAUUCAAUACAGAGACACUUAUGGCUAGCAAGAAAGCGAGAAGUGUGAUUUGAGGAAAUGUGGAAAUGUGAUGCCUAAGAAUUUCAAUGCUCAAUUGAAAUCAAAGCGCACUAUUAAAACUUGGAAGGAAAGACGUUCGGUUGAUGGUCGGUAUUAUUACAGGACACAACCCUUGGAAUCAUUGAAAUCAUUGAAGACCCAAUGUGCCUGUCUUGCUUGGCGAAAGCGGAUAGCACUGAGUACUUUCUCUGUGAGUGUCCUGCCUUUGUUAGAACAAAGCUACGAAUUUUGGGUAAUAUGAGUAAUAUUCGUUCUCUAAAGCUGGAGGAUAUUUACAGAUUUGCCAAAGAAUGUGGAAAGCUCUCACAAGACUAACUAACUACCUUUGUCUCUGUCUCUAUUUUUUCCUAUCUCUUUCUCUGAUACUUUUCUACUUUCCUCCUUGCCUAUCUACCCUCUUUCCAGAGCGCUAAAUACAAAAGACUUUUUAGUCUGAGUGUUUUAGAAGCCACCAAAUCUCUUGGUGCUCCUUGGCUCCACCUAUUCACAUUUCAGAUGGUGGCACUAGGUGAACAAAAAUUUUUUAUACGUUUUAUUGUCGAAACAAAAUAUUGACAAAUUAAUAGGACUAUGAAUAAGUUCGUGCGGUUUUUUUUCGAAAUUUGAAACUUUAUUGACGUAAAAUGGUUACAAAUUUA